AUGUCUACCUCUCCAAUCACUACAAGAAAGCCAACUUCAACUCCCUCACAGACUGCAACCUCGACCUCCACACCAAGCGUCACUGUGUUUUCAACUAGCUCAACAUCCUCGUCGCGACUAACAUCUUCAUCGUCAACCAGUGCCACAUCGACCAGCGUAUUGCCAACCGCGACAAGCCUUACAUGUCCUGCGGCAAAUGGCACCCAAUAUGUCGACACUAAUCGAGUCCAGUACUCCAUCCGCUGCAACGCCGACAACUCUUAUGCUUCCUUCAACUCUUCGAACAUCGCCACAGGAGGAUUCAGCAAGUGCUUCCCAGCCUGCGAUGACUUCACGGCCUGCGCAGGGUUCACUUUCGUAGGGACCGACUCUGGGAUUUGCUACUUCAAGUCGAAUCUUCCCGACGAUGAUUACUCAGGCACGGCAGGAGGCAAUUACGUGACAGUAGCCCUGUUGAAUCGGGAUGCCCAAGUUGAUCCGCCUGCUGAUGCCCUGCCGACUACCUCUUCCGACACUACGGAUGAAUUUAAUGGCCCGCCAAUUGGUGCUAUCGUUGGCGGUGUAAUUGGCGGCGUGGCUCUUCUCAUCCUUCUUGCGCUGCUCAUAUUCGUUUGCUUGCGCAGAAGGCGGAGACAAAAGGAAGAGAUCGAGUCAGCAACGCAAAGAUUCCCGCAGGGUGCAUACGUGCCCCAGCCGAAGAGUGAUGCGCCAUUCGCUGCUCUUGGAGGCUUCUAUCGAGGACGAUCUGCAGAUGCAGCAACAACAAAACAAGCACCGCUGGACGAGUCCCAACUCGCCAGAGAAGACUCCGCAAAUGGGUUUCUGGCGGCGAAGUACGAUAAGCCAGUACCGAUACCGGCCGAUUAUAGCACAAAUGGUCCGGCUGAGGUAGAGGGCAGACCAAUAUAUCCUUCGGCUGAUGUUGGUCCGGCUCCAGUUGAAAUGGAUGCAAGUCCCAUCAUGUCACCCAAAACACCAAUGUCGCCACGGGUUGAUGAGUCGCCUGUUUUAGGGCGAUAUGCCUCAACUGCCCUGACUAGUCGCGGGCAAGGCAAUUUUGCAGACGACUUACGCAAGAGACGGCAUAGUCGACACAUCAUGAGUUGGAACAAUUACGAUGAUAGAAGUGCCAUAUCGCCACCCUAUUCCAUGACCAUGUCGCCAAGGAUUGGCUCUCCCGAUUGGUCGCCACACAAGAUCUCCAUGCGACGGACGUGGCCCAACCGCCUUCCUCGACCAGAUCGCAUCGCGCUCGUCAUCGACGUGUCUGCUCACAAUUGA